AUUGCGCAUGCGUACACCGACCGCCAUCUCGCCUCGGCAUCCCGUGAUGAAAGCCUUCAUCUUGUUGGAAAUGUGACCUUAUUUCCUGCAGAUGACAAUGACGUCACCUUUUAUUCGCGUCAGGAUGAACUGCUCCCCGCGCACAUUGAAGCCUGCGUGGGUUCGCUUCCUCCUUUUAGCUGCGGACAAAGACGCGGAAGUUAGCAUCACAUGCUAAGAUGCUAAUCAGAGAGCAAGAACACAACAGCAGCUGGAACUUUCUGGAAGAAAGAAGGAGGACGAGCUACUGGACGCUGUUGUCAACACACGUCACACACAACAGACGUCAGUGAAGAACAUCUUCCUCUUCAGAAGCAGGAGCGGAACUCCAGGAUGGAGCAGGAGGAGCCACAGCCCCCCCAUAUCAAAGAGGAGGAGGAAGGUCACGGCAUCAGUCGGGAGGGAGAGCACCCAGUGAUCCGUGUGGUGGUGAAGAGUGAAGAUGAAGAAGAAGCCGACCACUGUGGAGGAUCGCAAGCAGACGUAGAAAGUGACGACACGACGUCUCACUCUGCUGACAGCGAUGAAGAAGACUCGAAAGAUGACAAGACCCGGCACUCUGACCACAAAAGCUUGAAAUGCUCUCAGUGUGACAAAACCUUCAGCACCAAGUCCAACCUGAACGUACACACGAGGAUCCACACAGGAGAGAAACCUCACGUGUGCUGUGUUUGCGGCAAACGGUUCUCCCAAAAGGCACAGUUUGAAACACACAUGCGGACGCACACCGGGGAGAAACCCUUCAGCUGCUCGGUGUGUGCAAAAAAAUUCACCCGAAAUGAACGUCUGACGAUACACACAAGAAUACACACCGGGGAGAAACCCUUCUGCUGCUCGGCUUGCGGUAAAACCUUCUGCGACAAAGGUAGCUUGAUAAAGCACACAAGGACGCACACCGGGGAGAAACCUUUCCCCUGCUCACUCUGCGGCACAAGUUUCAAGAACUAUUCUGCGCUGUCCAAGCACAAGAGAACGCACACCGGAGAGAAGUCCUUUAGCUGCACGUUGUGCGAUAAGAAGUUUGCUCAUAGCGAAAGUCUGACAACGCACGCGAGGAUACACACCAGGGAGAGACCAUUUCCCUGUUCAAUUUGUGGCAAAAGCUUCUCAGUCAAAUGCAAUUUGAUAAAACACACACGAACGCACACCGGGGAGAGACCGUUUUCCUGUUCAGUUUGCGGUAAAACUUUCUCUGUGAAAUGUAACUUGGUCACACACGCGAGGACACAUUAUUGUCGCACGCGGAUGCCGGACCCCAAGCCGCCGAUUUGUGGACCUUGAGGGAACUGAGAGUCUCUUCUACGUAUUGUCCUUUAGUGCGCACUCUUCUACGUAUUGUCCUUUAGUGCGCACUCCACGUCACCUCUGUGGGCUGCAGUCCCACUUUUCAAACUAAAAGCAGUGAAGUUGUCACGUUGUGUAAAUGGUAAAUAAAAAGAGAAUACAACAACCCCUUUUCAACUUAUAUUCAAUUGAGCAGACUGCAAAUACAAGAUGUCUUAUUUUAGAUUUUUGCAAAUAAUCAUGAACUUAGAACAUUAAUGCCAGCAACUCAUGUCAAAAAAGGCAGUUUUACCAGUGUGUUACAUGGCCUUUCCUUUUAACAACCCUCAGUAAAGGUUUGGGAACUGAGGAGACACAUUUUUGAAGUGCAAUUAUUUCCCAUUCUUGCUUGAUGUACAGUUCAAGUUGUUCAACAGUCUCCUGCCUCAUAUUUUAGCCUUCGCACAUUUUCAAUGUCAUGACUACAGGCAGGCCAGUCUAGUACCCGCACUCUUUUACUACGCUGUGGUAAUACUUGGCUUGGCAUUGUCUUGCUGAAAUAAGCAGGGGUGUCCAUGAUGACAACAUACGUUGCUCCAAAAGCUGUAUGUACCUUUCAGCAUUAAUGGUGCCUUCACAGAUGUGUAGGUUAGCCAUGCCUUGGCCACUAAUGCACCCCCAUACCAUCACACAUGCUGACUACCACACUUUCACCCUAGAACAGUCCGGAUGCUUCUUUUCCUCUUUGUUUCCGAGGACACGACGUCCACAAUUUCCAAAAACAAUUUGAAUUGUGGACUCGUCAGACCACAGAACACUUUUCCACUUUGCAUCAGUCCAUCUUUGAUGAGCUCGGGCCCAGCGAAGCGUUUCUGGGUGUUGUUGAUAAAUGGCUUCGGCUUUGCAUAGUAGAGUUUUAACUUGCACUUACAGAUGGAGCGACCAACUGUAGUUACUGACAGUGGUGUUCUGAAGUGUUCCUGAGCCCAUGUGGUGAUAUCCUUUACACACUGAUGUGGCUUUUUGAUGCAGUACCGCCUGAGGGAUCAAAUAUGCGUAAUAUCGCUUACGUGCAGUGAUUUCUCCAGAUUCUCUGAACCUUUUGAUGAUAUUACAGAGCGUAGAUGGUGAAAUCCCUAAAUUUCUUGCAAUAGCUGCUUGAAAAACGUUGCUCAACAAUUUGCUCAGGCAUUUGUUGACAAAGUGGUGACCCUCGCCCCCCGUCCUUGUUUGUGAAUGAGUGAGCAUUUCAUGGAAGCUGCUUUUAUAGCCAAUCAUGGCACCCACCUGUUCCCAAUUAACCUGCUCCCCUAUGGGAUGUUCCAAAUAAGUCUUUGAUGAGCAUCCCUCAACUUUCCCACUCUUUUUUUGCCACUUGUGCCAGCUUUUUCAAACCUGUUGCAGCCAUUAAAUUCCAAAUGAGCUAGUAUAUGCAAAAAAUAGCAAAGUUUCUCAGUGUGAAGAUGAACUAUCUUGUCUUUGCAGUCUAUUCAAUUGAAUAUAAGUUGAAAAGGAUUUGUUGUAUUCUCUUUUUAUUUAGCAUUUACACAAGCUGACAAUUUCACUCCCUUUGAGCUUUUGUCCAAAGUCUCCCCCCCAGGAAGCCUUGAUUUGGAGAUGCUGAUGACUAAAUGCAGCUUGGUGGUAAACGUUGGUGAAGUCUUUUAUUUUUGGAGAGCAGGAAGUGUUUGCACUGCUAUUGGUUGCCACUGCUUGAUGGUGACUUCAAUAGGACACCCUAUAAUUGUUGUAUUUGGUUGUAAGAAUGAAAGUGACAUUAUUUUUCCUGAAAGUAUGUGCAUGUUACAACAGGAAGUAUUAGCACAUGUUUCCAUGUUUGCUGCAUCAGACGACUCGUCUGUGUGUUUACUGACAUGCAUGACUCUCUGCUCCCUUAUUGAUCAUAAAUAUUUCAAGUCAAAUAAGAAUUUAAAAGAAUGUAACACUUUCCAUAUGUUGGACCCUGCAGGUGUUUAUUUGUUGUUUCAACACAAAAUGUGAGUUGUGGCUCGCAACAUGUUGUUCCUGUUCUCCCCAAAAAAUAAGUAGCCCUUGAAUAGUUUCAUUUUGUAAAAACAUCUUUCACAAGGCUCAUCAAAUCUAAUACAACUAAUUUGUUUAUUUCA